AUGGCUGCUAGAUUUAUCGUGGACAGCAGUCCCCCCGGCAGUCCGUCGACACCUGCGCGCGGUACAGGCUUCUCGUUCCUCCCCGAACAUCCUACGACAACCCCCGGUGGACCACCGCCGCCGUCUUCGGUUGCCUCUACCACACCUGCCGGCGCACCGUCUCUUUCGUUCAUGGGAAGCUCUUUUUCGCAUGGCAUGUCCAAUACCAAACCCCUCAACCUUGGGGUGUCAAACAACACUGGAUCUGGAAGAAGUCUUUUCGGGCGCAACAGCACUACAAGCAACCCACUUGCAAGAUCCAUAAGAGGUCGACAACCUUCAGGAUUGAGCCGCCAAUUCAGCGUCACCGAAGAGGAAGACGAGGAUCAAGAACAAUAUGUUGAAGAAGAGAUGGAACUCCCGCCGCAUCGAGGCAGUCUUUUCCGCAUGUCUGCCGCUCCAGAAGAGCGUCCGCGUGAGGUCGAUGCCGAAAUCGAACGAUACAUCGCUCAAGAUAUUGCUGGCCACGAUGGGGAAGAUGCAGAAUAUGAGGACGAAGAGCAUGCUUUUGACCGAGAAAGUUCUGAAGAAGCGGACAUGUUUCUCAACAUGAGACAUGACGAUCGAGCGUACGGCCAGCCAAUGAUCGGAGACGAGUCCGACCUUAUGGUGCUUAACACGCCAGCAGCGACAAGCCGAGUCCGCAGAGAAGCAGAAAGCAUUUUCAGACAAACCUCAACUCACCUUGGAAUAUCUGGCCGUCCAGAGGGAUUCCAAUUUGCAUCCAUCGCCAAGAACCUGUACAAUCAGUAUGAACCCGCCCAAAUAGUUGAGCCUGCAGACAUGAUUCUCGAUACCGAACAGCUUGUAUGCCGACUGUACGAGGAAGGAGUCGGAACGGAAGAAGACUUUGAAAAGAUGGACAACUCACUAUCCAACAUCACAUUCCGUCUCACCGAACUAUGGAACAAAUGCGUGGACGGUCUCCCCCAACCAGAGGGAGAGGAUUUUGCUUCAGUCGGCCCUGGACUGAACACCGAACCAUUCGAGAAGGCUGCCUACAUUGCUCAACUAAUACUUCGUAUGCACCACACUCGAUUCGAUAACGACACCGACGAAGAGAAGACUCCGCCUCUGUCCGAGAUCAUGUUCGAUUGGAUGCAGAAGAGCCACAACCUCUACCCUGACCAAGUUCGUGACAUCAGCCGCCACAGUCCUAGCCCUGCAUGCCAUAGCCUGUUUUGGCAGACUGUACGAUGUUCACUGCUCCGCGGAGAUGUCAGAAGUGCGUCAUAUCUGCUGAGAGAGGCUGGCUGGGAACAUGUACGACGAGGCCCUCGAGGUGAUUAUGCAUACAUCGGUAAAUCACUCGAGAAUGUCAGGCGAUUUGCUGCUGCUGCCGCCGAUGUCCUGGACCAGUCCCCGGCUGCGAGAUCGGAAUGGGAUAUCUGGAACAGCAACUGGACUCUUUUCCGAAUUCAGGCCCGCGGCUCUCUGAACCGAAUGACACUAUUCGCGGAAGGAAAGGAGCAGGAUGUGCAAGAUCUGAUGGAUGACCCUCAGCCACAAUCCCUAUCGUCAAUGGCUCGAAAGGCAUCAAGCCAGAUCCCCUGGGAUAUAUACGAGAACCUGCAGACCGUGUAUGGUAUCAUCUUGGGUAACCAUGAAGAUAUCAUGGAAGUGGCCCAGGACUGGUGUGAGGCGACGAUAGGCCUUUUUGGAUGGUGGGACGACGGAAACCAACGCCAUAAAGCGCUCAGGUUCUCACAAUCGCAAUUGCGAGCAUCGUCACGAUUCGCCGGUUCUGAAGACUACUUUGACCGAUUGGCAACCGCCUUCCAUAUGGUGACUGGAUCAGACCUCAACCCUAAUGUCAUGAACCCUGUUGAAGUUGCGGUGGCCUCUGCCUUUGAAGGCAACGUUAAUGCCGUGCUGGGUUUCUUGAGAAUAUGGUCGCUGCCCCUGGCAUGCACUGUAGCAGAAGUUGCAUCGCUUGGUGAAUGGCUACCCGCUCCCGAUGUCCCCAGCUUAUUCCCUACCGAUAGCCUCGACAUGGAUGAUCUUGCGCUACUAGGAGUAACACAACCAGGACCCGAUGAACUGGAAGGCAUCAAAGACACAACUCUUGUCCUGUACGCUAGGGAACUGGCAGGAAUAGAGGAACUGUCACCAGAGCGCGAUGGAUGGGAAAUGGCCAUUCAGGUCUUGGGUCGAAUGGAUUCGCCUGAAAAAUCAGAGGAAACCGUUGGCGAGCUUCUUCGAGAUCUUCUUGAUACGCUUACCGAGAACUCGGGGCCUACUGUUGACAAGAUUUGGGCGAUAUUGAAUGAUCUCGGCAUGAUCAACUACGCCGAGGAAACAGCAGAGACCUUUGCAGAGAUUCUUUCCAGGGAGUCUCAUCGAUACGGAGAAGCUCUAUGGUACUAUGCACUAUCUCAUCGAUCAGACAAAGUUCGUGAGGUGCUGAACCUCCUCAUGUCUUACUCGCUUGUUCAAUCUACGGUUUAUCCCUCAGAGAAGGAUCUCGACCAGGAAUUGAAGGACUUGCUACGAAAGCGAACCGAGACUUUGGAGAAGCGAGCCAAGCAAGAUUUGGAAGCUGCUCAACUACUUGGUCGAAUGCUUAGUGGUUACGCCACACUACGCAAGUUUUACGAACUACGAGAUGCCGAAGACCUCGAUAAUAUUUCAUCUACUAAAGCCCUAAAGUUGAAGAAGCAAGCUGCAUCCGCAUUGGUGGCUGUCAUCUCUAGCUCCGACGACAAUAUCCGUGGUGGACUUUACGACGACACAAGAGACUCAGUAGUAAGCGAAGACUUCCUACUGGCUCUUCUGGGAGAGGCCACGGUCUUUAUCAACCAGUCACCGGCCGUUAUUACACUCUCACAGAUCGACAUUCUACUGAAGGCUAUUGAAGAUAUUCAGACAGUUGGUGACAGAGUUUACUCAGCGUGCGACGACUUUUUCAACCUCGUGUUGGCAUCUGCACAAGGGCUGAAGGGUUCCACGCCUCAAGACCUGAUGGGCAAAUCGACAGGUAACCUAGGUGGAAGUUUCAUGAUGACAGGAAGCUCUGUGCUGGUGAACCACCUGCACAAGUCAAUCUCUGCCGGCGCAAAGGUGAACAGGGGGUGGGAUUGGAGGAAGGGAUGGCUCGCAACAAGCAAGGGCGAGGACGUCCUACGAAAGCUGCGAUUGGGAUUGGCAAAGGAUCUCGCAGCGCUUUGGCUAGAAGACGCAGAUGGAGUUGUCUCUUACUAG